UUUUGUGAAAGCAGAAAGCAGGUAAAAGACAGAGCAGACGACGUUAUUUAUUUAUUUGUUAUCAAAAGGCGUGAACAAGAAAAAAAAAAAAGAUAUACGAAGAAGAUUGAUAUUCUUUUUCGUUCAAGAGAAAUUACUGUUAUGGCUGAGGUUGAGAAUUUGCGGUCUGAAAUUCACUUAGUCAGACGUGAGUUCAAAAAUAUAAGGCAGGAGCUUUUGAAACAGAAAUCCAACCUUAAAUGUGAAGUUGGAAGAAUUCAAUCUCUGUUGCAGGAGCAAGUUGCAACAAAGGCACAAACAUCAUCCGAAAAAAAUAAAUAUGAUAACGAAAAUGAAAGAAGCUAUUUAAUGAAGCCCAUAGGUUACAUAUCAUCAUGCUUCAGGAAUAAAAAUGGAAUCCCUCGACAACCAUUGUUAUCCCCCACUGCGAAAGCAACCUUGGAAAUCAAUAAGACACAUUUUACAAACCCAGAGCAUUCUUUGAUAGGAUUGGAGAAAUUUUCACACAUAUGGCUUCUCUUUUUGUUUCACAAGAAUGGACCUGAGGUGUCAGUGAAAUCGAAAGUCCAUCCACCUAGAUUAAAUGGCAUAUCCACAGGUGUUUUCAGCACUCGAUCACCUCACAGGCCAUGUCCAAUUGGAUUAUCUCUAACAAAAUUGGAUAAAAUUAAUGGAAACACCCUUUAUCUGUCUGGAAUCGAUCUGUUAGAUGGCACACCAGUACUGGAUAUCAAGCCUUAUAUUCCACACUAUGAUAUACCAAUUCCACAGCAAAGUGCUGAUUGCUGUAAUGAAGCAAAAACAGAAGCAACAUGUAAUGAUUCUCAUGAGGAACAAGUGAAAGCUGAUGCAUCAGACUCAAACUGUGCCACAUCUUUACUAAAGCUGCCACAAAUUCAUCUUCAAGUUUGUUUUUCAGAGAGAGCAAUUAAUAAUCUAAAAUUAUUUCAUGUUAAUUCUCACUCGCACAAUAAAUGUCCCUUUUGCCUUCAAUUUUUACAUAGCGUCAAAGAAGCCAAACAAGCCAUUACUGAAGUACUUCAAAAUGACCCUAGAUCAGUAUACAGGAGGCAGAAGUGUUCUGAUAAAUUAUAUUACUUUGAACUGGAUGUUCUGCAUGUGACAACUUGGUUUGAUGAAAACAUAGCAGAAGUACUGAAGAUCAAACCCACACAUAAAUCAGAUGAGUCUAUUUGAUAAUGUAUGAUUUCUCUGAACUUGUUGUGAGUAAUACAUAUCAGGGUUCAAAAAUAUCAUUUGCAAUAUUUAUGUUUAACAGGUUUUUGAAACGCUAUAGCCAAAUCUAAUGUAAACACAAAAAUUAAGUCUGGUACUGUCAGUGAUGUUCCCAUAGGGUAUAUUCCAUAUACUCUCAAACAUUUUAUAGAAUUAUAGCGUAUACCCUCAAGCUUCAAAAGUUUUCAUUUCCAAUUCAGAUUCUAUCACCACAUUUUAAAAUUUUCUUUAAGCUAAAAUAAUACAUUUACGUUAACUACGACAAGUAACCUUAUUUCUUUAUACUUCUUAACACUUAAUGAAUCAAUGCCUUUUGAACGACUUACACUUUGAUUGCAUACACAUAUUGUGCAUAAUGAAUUACUGGGAGUGUAACCUCAGAAAAAAUUAUGGGAAAAUCACUGGGUACCGUCAGUAAUUUAUAUGUAUUUAAAUGCUAAAAUAGGCUUGUGUAUAAAUCAAUAUUUUUUUCCAGUAUUCAUUUUAUUUUUGGUUUUGUUCAUUACUGUCCCCAGUGAAGUUA